AUGGAAUGCACAACAAAAUUCACAUUUUCUGUGCGGUUUUUGCCUCUAUGGAUUUUAUUGCCCAUAGCAUUUCCUGACCCUGCAGUCCACUCACAACGUACGAAUGAAACAGUGGACCUGGAUGUGGGUUCUAUCCGCCGCAAGCAAUCAUCUGGAACUCGACCUUACAGUCUUUCUUUAUCUCCUCUGGAUUACCACUACUCUCCAAAACCAAAGCACCUUCGAAUACCUCGUCUUCUCCGUCUUCUUGGACCCUCUUUCGAUCCAUUCUGGAUGUCUAUUGAAAAGCCUGCAGUUAAUGGUACCCCCAGCCAGCUGUCAACACUCAGCCAAGAUCUUUAUGAUGGUUCCAGCCGUUACCGCAAAAAGCUCUCCCAGGAGGCUGAGUCUUUGGACUUUGGAUCGCUGAAGAUGCCAAAAGAACUUUCUGCAAAUACUAGUCAAGCCUUGGAGAAUGAGCUACGGAAGUGGCUGGUGCAGAAGGCCAUCUGUCACCUAACAUCAAAAUGGGUGGACUUAGGCCCUAUUUUUUGGCCACGUUGGGUACGACACACAGACUGUGAUGUGGGUAAACAUGCCUGCUCAUGGCCACCUGGCAUGGCCUGCCGCCAAGCACAGCUUACACAGAUUAAAAUACUAGCUUGGCACUGCUGGACCUCGGACCCUGGCGUGGGCUGGCCAUCUCAGCAAUGCAUAUGGAGGCAGGUGCCCUAUCCUGUAGUGGCGGCUUGUAAGUGUACCUGCAGGUAA